GGCGCGGGUACAAUCAUCCAAAAUUAUCUUCGAGGGUUCUGCUUUGGAAAUCUUUAAGCAUAAAUGUCGACUUGGCUGAAGAGCGGCCUACUAUAAAGCCAUAAAUGUCGUCUCGACUGAACAGCAGCCCACUACAAAGCCAUUCCGAUGGACAUAUCUGAACUUGACGCACUACAAACCAGUUUGAACGGCGCUCUGAAUGCGUUCCGAGAGGAACUGACGAAGGCAAAGCUGCCAGAGCUAUCGACGUUCAGUCUUGAACCCCAUCCAUUGGAUUCUCCGGAGUACUUACCCUCCCCGCGCUUAUAUGAAGCUCGAAGACUAGCACUAGCAUGCGUUGGUCAACUCAAAACGCUUCUGCAGUCUCCGUACGAGAAAGUAGUUGAACAUACUCUGGCUCCUUAUGACGCAGUAUGUUUGGACAUAGUUCUUAGAACUGGCGUUAUCGACAAGCUCUCGGAAGAAGCCUACAGAACCACCGGAUUACAUGUGGAACAGCUCCACCGAUUUUUGGACCUUGAUCCGUUCAAGCUGACGGCAAUUCUCCGGUAUCUUGCUGCGGAAGGAUGGCUACAUGAAAAGAAUGAAGGAGUAUACGCACUCAAUCGUCCUGCGUUGGAAUUGUGCCUAGGGAAAAAUGGGCGAAAGUGGGCGCUUACGCGGGGGAAGGCAAAAAUUGCAAAUUCGCUACUUGAUGCUAUCACCAAACCUGAAUGGAAAUACUCAACCUCGCCACUGGAGACAGCUUUCCAGCUCUCCCAUCACACUCCGCUUUCCCUCUUCGACUACCUCAAAGCUAACCCUGCUGAACUUGAACAAUGGGCGAAUUCAGUGCGGACCUAUGGAGAUGCUGCCGCAUCGGCUCUGCUGGUUGAUUUUCCUUGGAAAAGUCUGAAUAGCCAAACCAUCGUUGAUUGCGGAGGAGGUCAAGGAUAUCUUACCAUCUCCCUGGCAAAGAUUCUCGAAGAUGUCGCAUUUGUUAUUCAAGACCUACCCGAAGUCAUUCCCAUAACCAGAGUCAACGUUAACCGGGAAAGUCCAGCGGCGGCCCAACAGGGACGCAUCGUCGUUGAAGCGCACGAUUUCAAGACACCGCAGGUGCGACGAUCUGGAAAGACGACCUAUGUGUUUCGACUGGUUCUACAUGACUGGACAGAUCAAGACUGUACUGCGAUCCUCAGAAACAUAACGGCCAUUCAUGGGACUGUCAAAGUCAUCAUCAUCGAGCAUGUAGCUCUACCUUGCACCAUAUCCUCUACUCCACAGGAACAAUGCGACGAGAGCCUCAGAAUGCUUAUUGACGCUGAGAAGUACGCAACAGCUUCCCCUCCACGCUAUGUGCCCUUGAAUUUCGGUGUUUGCGCGAAAAUGAACCUCGGCCUUGGCGUCCAUCUCCUUGGAGUAUACAAUGCCCGUGAACGGUCUUUGCGUGAAUGGGACAGUAUAAUUAGAAAUGCGGGACUGAGGAUCACUUUAGUGUGCCCGCUCCGAGCCAAGUUGUCCGUCAUUGAAUGCGACGUUGUAGCUGUGGAUGGAGAGUCCGACUAGCACUGAAUGGCAUGCUUAAGUACCAAGACUUUUGAAGAUAUAGUUACGGUUCGCAACUCGAAAAUUAACGUAGAAAGAAUCUAUUUCGAGUCUCGACGUUGAUCUGAGUGAGGAAGGUGUU